CUCUCCACACCCCGGACCGGGCACGGGCAGAGCCGUGCGGGUCCGGCGGUACCGGGGGAAGAGUUCGGUGGGUCCGGGAGUGAGCAGCGGACACCUUCCCCCUCCCCACCGCCCCCCCUACGGCUCCCGGGCCUUGCAGGCAUCGGGGGCGGCCUCUCCGCUCUCCCGGUUCCGCCCCGGGGUGGGGUUUGCCCGCGGUGCGCGGCCGCACGUCCGCCGAGCUCCGCUGCUCCGCCUCAGCCGCGGCCUGGCCGCUGCCGGAGCCCCGUGGAGCGGGGAGGAGAGCCGGGGUGUCCCGGCCCCGGGGGUACAAAACAACUUCCUGGAGUUUCUGAUGUUAAAGAGAACUUCUGCCAUCCUUAAGGAAGGAAUGAGGAGGAGAAGCUGCAGCUGAAACGGCACAGGAAUAUAACUCACCACCAUGGCAGAAUGCUGGAGAAUAAUCCUGAUACUACUUCUGGCAGCUCAGGUGCUACUGGGGGGAAAUACCUUUGAGGAGGAAGAGGUACCUGACGAAUGGAUUCUUCUCCACGUUGUUCAAGGUCAGAUUGGAGCAGGGAACUACAGCUACCUGAGGCUGAACCACGAGGGCAAGAUCGUGCUUCAGAUGCGGAGUUUAAAAGGCGAUGCGGAUCUGUACGUCUCCGACCUGACUCUCCACCCCAGCUUUGAUGAGUAUGAGUUGCAGUCUGUGACUUGUGGCCAAGAUGUUGUCCACGUCCCUGCACAUUUCCGUCGUCCUGUGGGAAUUGGGAUUUAUGGGCACCCCUCUCACCAGGAGAGUGAGUUUGAGAUGAAAGUCUACUACGAUCGAACGGUGGUCCAGUACCCCUUUGGAGAGGCUUCUUACAACCCCGAGGAGAUGGAGGCAAACCAGAGAUAUUCCCAGUCUACAGAAGAUGAGUCUCAGGAUGAGGAGUCUGUUUUCUGGACGAUACUGAUUGGAAUUUUGAAAUUAAUACUUGAAAUUCUUUUUUAACUCGACACACACCGGACUAAGCCACGCUUCAGCCUGUGAAACUGAACACGAGUGACUUGCUGUAACCUUUAAUACUCUUUGUUAUGUUGCCUGAGGAGGUUUUCAGGUUACUUUUUCUAUACCAGAAAAGAAGUUUGGGGGGGAGGUAGGAAAAAGCCAUAUUUAAUUUUCUAUUGUCAGUCCUCCCCUCCACAUAAAAUGAACAGCAAGCACAGUAUUUGCAGUGUUCUUCAGAGAUCAGGGCUUGAAAAUGAAUGUACAGUUGGGAUCUUGUUAAAUUUAUUUUAAACAGGUGUCAGUAUUUUCUAUUCCUUUUUUAUAAUGAAAAGUGAAAUGAACUGCUGCACUUCUGUGCCCCCUCUCAGUUGAAGAGUGUAUUUAAAAAGAAAAUCAGCUUAUUUUCUGAGUGACUGUCUCCAGUAAACCUCAUUACCAAUGCCUUUUGUGAGUAUUCAGGUUGAGGUGCCAGGGAUGAAGGAAGGAAAAGCAGUCACCUAAGGGGAGAGAUGAUCUGCAUUUUGUCUGCUUGUGCUCUGCAGGGAGUCAGCCAUCUGCCAAGCACUGCUCUGUCCACUCACUCAUCACCUCUGCAAACCCAUGACCCAAAUCAAGUGCAUGUCACUUCAUCACUUGUGCACUGUUACCACAGCUUUCAGCUGUUGGUGUUUGUCACCACAACACUUUUCAUUCCCUGGUGAAAGCCACACAGCACACAGGAUCUUGAGCUUCAGAGGUAUUUUCUUACACUUCCUUUUAUAGCUUUUUGUGAUUGAUUUUUUUUUUUUAUUCUUCCUAGUACAUCUUUAUGAAGAAGUCAUUAGCUUGCAAAGAAAAAUUCUGCUGAAAGGGAUGUGUGAGCACACUUUCAGAAAGCCAGGUCAUGCCAACUCUUCCUUGAAAGUUAGUUGUUUUCAGGAGUAAUUUUAUUUUCCUUGGAUUGAGUCUUUCAGAAUAACCAGUUGCUAUGCAAAUAGGGUAUAUUUAAAUAGCUCUGUAAUUUUCCUUUCACAGCUCUUACUGAUGAGUGCACCAAAAUAAACAAGUAUGUACUUGUCACUCUAAUUUUCUGUGAAUGGUGCACAUACAAUUUCAACUUCAUUACUUCUCUUUUUAAAUGGGAAUCUGGCUUGCCUCUUUCUAUCUCAGCAUCUGACAGGACAUGAUCAGUGACUUUUAUCACAAAAAAGAAUCAUGAUGUAGCCAAAAUUAAAAGUUUAUUUGGUAAAAAGAGAAAAAAAAAAGUGGUAUUGUUCCUCUUAAGAGUGGUUGGUUAAAUAGCACCAAAGUAUCACUUUAAUUGUGCAGUAAAUUUGGGACAGCAAGUUUUUUGGGUUUUUUUUUUUAG